GAGGGGGUUGUGAGGAUACAAAUGCUGAUUGAAGCAAAACGACAGGGCCCAACAAAACAGAAAGUAAAGUCAAGAGAGGGCAGCAGCAAAGUGGAAGCGGACGGCUCGUUGAAGGAGCAAAUCAAAAUGGCGAGUCAAGAGGAGUCAGUGAGGGAGUUCGUCGCUGUUACCGGCGUGGAGGAGGAGAGAGCCCGCUUCUUCCUGGAGUCCGCCGGCUGGAACCUGCAGCUUGCGCUUGGCAGUUUCUUUGAGGACGGCAACGACGAUGACAUCAUCACGCUUCCUCAGCCCGAGGGCGGCUCCUCUGUGUCUCGUUCUACUGGGCCCAGUAGUCAGCCCAGAGUGACGUCCUUCAGAGAUCUGAUGCACGAGGCAGAGGAGGAAAGCGAUGAGGAGGAAGGUCAGAGGUUUUUUGCGGGGGGAUCAGAACGCAGCGGGCAACAGAUUGUUGGCCCCCCAAAGAAAAAGAGCUCCAAUGAGGUGGUGGAGGAUCUGUUCAAAGGGGCCAGAGAACAUGGGGCUGUGCCACUGGACCGCAGUGGGAAAGGACCCGGAGAAGGCAGCAAAGCAAGGGCUUUUGUCGGUGGGGGUUACAGACUGGGGGCCGCUCCUGAAGAGGAGUCGACCUACGUAGCCGGGGAGAGGCAAGGCUCCAAAAGCCAGCAAGACGUACAUGUGGUGCUGAAGCUGUGGAAGACGGGGUUUAGUCUGGACAACGGUGAACUUAGACCCUACAGCGACCCUGGAAAUGCAAACUUUCUGGAGGCAAUCAGGCGGGGGGAGAUUCCUCUGGAGCUGAGGCAGCGCGCUCGGGGAGGCCAGGUCAACCUAGACAUGGAGGACCACAGGGAUGAGGACUUUACCAAGCCCAAGAUGACCUUUAAAGCCUUUGAAGGUGAAGGACAGAAGCUGGGAAGUGCCACUCCAGAACUGGUUUCUCCACCCACCUCCCAGCAGAACCAGGCGGCAGACGAGGCCCAGGCCAGUUCCUUCGUGAGCCUCGACUCCUCCCAACCCACAACUAACAUUCAGAUCCGCCUGGCCGACGGCGGCAAGCUGGUCCAGAAGUUCAACCACACCCAUAGGGUGUCCGACCUGCGGCAGUUUGUGGUGUUGGCCCGGCCCGCGAUGGCAGCCAGAGAGUUUGCUCUGAUGACCACCUUCCCCAGCAAGGAGCUGACAGACGAGGGCCAGACGCUGCAGGAGGCCAACCUCCUCAACGCCGUCAUUGUCCAGAGGCUAAAGUGAGGCCGGGAGACGGAGCAGCACCCCGUUCCUCCGCUCCCCUCACCCUGAAGAGGCUGAGAAUCCACAGCCCCUCUGAGGGAGGAGAACACACGAACUUAUACGGACUUCUAGUUUCUGAUUUUUGUUUUUCUAAAAUGAAAUGUAAGAUCUUGCUUCCCAUCCCCUCCCUCUCCUCCAUUAUUCCCCCCCCCCCCCCCCCAUCAGACUCCAGAGGGCUGAAACACAGAUGAGCCAGUCAGCCUGCGGAUGCUGGCGACUUCCUGUUUUGAUUGGUUUUACCUGAAAGUAAGAGCCCAGCUGAAGGAGCGUCAUGCCGGCAACAAGGGUGUUCACUUAGGAAUCAAGUCCAAGGAUAUUCUCUUUACUUUCUACUCUGAUCUGGCCGUUGAACAAAGUUUAUAGUCUGGUACUGGAGAUUUUCUCCACUUUUCUGUCUGAACGGCACAAAACCACAACUGCAGUUAAAAGAUUAAAUUGUCCACACACACACACACACACACACACACACACACACACACACACACACACACAGAUCAGGACAACGAUUUAACAAACAGUUCCUUUUCUUUAACCAACCAAUACCAGUAGCCUUACUCUUUUUUUUUUUUUUUCACCUCCAGCACCACACCGGCCCCCUUUUGUUGAAAAGCAGAUACAUUUAUUUUUUUAAAAGGCCUUUGUUUCUUAUCUCCUUUCCCUAACAACCAUGCUUUGCCCCAUUUCCACAGCAGCAUGAUGAUGGAUUCCAGCAUAAACCCGACUCCACAACUGGUGGAGCAAAUGAACUUAGAGAUUGUAAACACUGGCUUCAUUUAGUAGAAUCUGAAUUCCUGUAACAAUGACAUCUUCUAUGCAUCCUGGGGCAACACAGAAAUAUGUUUGGACCACCAGUGAAAUAAACUCAUUUUAUGGUUGAUGUAAGAAGAAA